UUUUUUUGGAUUAAAAAAACCCCCUGUGUGUUAUUUACUCCACAUUUUUAUUUUAUUUAUUUAAAUAAUAAUAAUAAAAAAAAACACUAUGAGUGCCAUUUUCCGUCGUGCUUACACCACCAAGUCUCUUAUUCCUCCCAAUAUUGCCGCUGCUACUAAGCUUACUGGUUCUUCUAAAGAUGCUCAAAUUGGUCAAUUAGUCAACUUUUAUAAAAAAUUACCAAAGGGUAAUAUGGAGGCACCUAAGCCUUCUGGACCCUGGGGUCGUUACAAGGCUCGUUACAUUGAUGGUGAAAAUGCAUCUGUCACUCCUUUGCUUCACCUUAUUUUCGGUGUCUUUGUUAUUGGCUACACUAUUGAUUACCAAUUCCACUUGAAACAUCACAAGAAUGUUGAACAUCAUUAGAUUUGUUGGUCAAAUAUAAAUAAAAAUUAACUAUUUGUGUAUUUAUUCAGCAAUAUUAUAUGCAUACAGAAAAAAGAAAAGAACUGAGAGGAUAUAUACAACGUUG